GAAGGCAGCAUCAUUUCCUGUUCUAACGCUGUAUCGUCAGAACAAGCCAAAGACAGUUUAAUGUAUUUUCCGCCCAGUUAUCUGCCUGACAGUUUGUUGCAUCUUGUUUACCGAGUUAUGACUGACUAGCAAGCGCCACAGCGAUGUUUUGGAAAUAUUUCGACGCGGUUGGACGACUCGAAAAUCCAGCGGGCUCUACGAGCGAGUGAGCGACAUGGACAGCUCUGUCACCCUGUGGCAGUUCCUUCUCCAGCUGCUAUUGGAUUCUAGUAACGAGCAGCUGAUCUGCUGGACCAAUGAGGAGGGGGAGUUCAAACUGCUGCAGGCAGAGGAGGUGGCCAGGCUAUGGGGAGCCCGCAAGAACAAGCCCAACAUGAACUAUGACAAGCUCAGCAGAGCUCUCAGAUACUACUAUGACAAGAAUAUCAUAAAGAAGGUGAAUGGUCAGAAGUUUGUCUAUCGCUUUGUGUCCUACCCUGAUAUCCUGAAAGGAGAUGUUGCUACUCGGACAGAGGGCGGGGAUGUGCUUGUGGGGGGUGUCCCGCUGCUGUCGGAGAGGGGGGACAACACCCUACAGGAGGGUGAGUGCGGGGACCGGAGCAAAGCGGGAGUCAGCUCAGUGACUUCAGGUUCCAGCACCAAGCAGUCGAGCCGCAACGACUACAUCCACUCCGGCCUGUACACCUCCUUUACCCUGACAUCACUGCAAAACGGACGCCAGCUCUUCAAGUCUAUCAAGAUGGAGAACCCAGCAGAGAAGAUGGGUGACAGGAGAGGCACCAGCACUGCAGCCCAGACCCAGGAGGCGUCGCCGCAGCACCCUCAGCCGCCACAGCCCACCGUGUCACCGUCCGUCAUCAAGUUUGGAAACAGCCCUCCGAAGCCAACGCAGCCUCCUCAGGUUGCCAUAGAGGUGGCCCUGAUGCCCAACCAAACUUUGUAUCCUCUCCAAGCUCCACCUCCAAGGAACGAGGACAUGACCGCACACUCCUCGCUGCUGCCUCCGUCAGCCUAUUCAUUUGAACACAUCCGCCCAUCGGAAACGCAGUUCAGCCUAUCAGACCUGACCUCGCCAAGCCCCUCCCCAAGCAUAGUGCCUGAUUCCUGCCAGGAGCUGGUGAUCGACAGCGACAUCGAGUCCAUCUCCUCUCUGCCCACAGAAACUCAGUCUCAGGAGGCCAAGGUGGAAAGUGGCAGUGGUCAGUCUGGAGGCGAGCCAGCUGCAGUGGAGGCUGACACCAGUUCAUCUUCAGUGAGCAGCAGCACCACAGGCAGCACUCAGAGCUCUGGAAAGACGCGCAAGCCGCCAAAAAUCUUGCAGCUCAGCCCGCCAACUCUGCUGGUCACCACCUCCGACUUCUCACCCAGGAACCUCUGCAGCCCCUCGCUGCCUACUGCCUCUCUCACACCAGCAAUGCUGCAGACUCCCACUCUGUUGCUGACUCCCAGUCCUCUGCUGUCCAACAUCCACUUUUGGAGCACGCUCAGUCCCGUUGCUCCGCUCAGCCCAGCCACGCGGCGCCAGGGAGGCCACCUAUUCCAAUUUCCAUCGGUCCUCACCCCCCAGUUCCAGAUCCCGGUGCACAGUCUGGACGGCACCAACACGCCAGGCCCCAUCUCCCCUGACCCCCAGAAAACAUAGGAGUAACCCCCUCCACCGUUGACCCUGAAAACCUGACUUUCCCUUCCACCUUCGACUUUUGCUCCCAGAUAUAGGACACUGAUCUGGGAGUUGAGUCACUGCCAUUCCCACCACUGUCGUGCCUCUAAUUUUGGAUGAAGAUAUUAGCUCCCUGCCACAGAAUUCACACUACAAUCAAACAUAUGGAGGGAGAAUUCGGAAAUAUCCUAGCAGUCCAUGUUCAUGGAUGGGGGUAACACAUUCAGUUGGUUCAGCAUCAUUGUGAGGAUGCGGUUUUAAAUACACACACACACACACACACACAUACACUGAUGUGAUAAUUCCUUACAUACGUUUGUAUUCAAUUCCUCUGGCCUCUUGGGCUCCUCAGCUAUUGGAAAGAAGGAGGAAUUUCCAUGGCAACUGUUCGCUGUAUGUGGAUUGGACACUGAGCAGCCAGAAAUAUGCUUCAUAUUUGAACAGACAGACCAGUGGGAUUUCAGACAUCUGAACCUGUCCUUUUGUAGAAUUUCCUUCUCAACUUGUGCAACCGUGCUACCAUCAAAGAAAGACUUACUAGGCUCUACCCUUUUUCUGCUCUGCUGACAAUGAUUCUGUUGUUGCUCUGUGUGCUUUUAAAUGUUUUAACCAGCUGUCCUUAACUUCCCCCUUUGCUCUUGUUGAAGGGCAUUAUUUUUAACCUGAUAACUUGCAUGUUUACCUAAAACUUAUCUUUUACCCAGCUCUCAGCCUGAAGUUAAAUGUCAAGCCUUGCCUCUCCUGCCUGAGUGUACAGUGCUAGAUACUCUGGAAACUAAUGAGCUGGCGAACAAUAGCCAUAGCCAUAUCCAAUAGGACCCUUACCAUAACUGUCUUACCGUGACAUGUGGCCAUAUCAGAGCUAAACCUUAAACAUACCUCCUCAAUAGGUUGCUGUAUGCCCUCACACCUACUGUACGUGCAGUAGAAUAGUCCUGAAAGCCAGCAUAGCCUGGUCUGUCUCCAGCCAGUAGACUCUCAGGUAUGAACCAGAGACAGUGAAGCCAUAACCCUUGCUGUGCAUGCACACUGUGAGAGACUUGGUUGAUGGUUUGCUUUAUUUUGACCGUUGAUGGGCAGUGCAAGAGGUUUGCAUUCUAUCUGUGUAGCUGUCUGCAGCUAUGAAGUUUUGACCAGAUGACUCAUGUAUGUGUCACUGAUUUUCUGUUGCCUUUGGUAACAUUGCAUUGUUUUUUGGAGUUAACAGCUUGCUGGCAACAUUUAGCCCAGCCGUAUGUCACAUUUAAUUUGAGCAGUGAGCAGCUUUGAGUGGCUGGAGUCAACUCCUUGUCCCUUUUUGUGCUUGAAUAACUAUUCACAAUACUCACAUCACAAAGGCAACAACAAGUGUGGAAAUUUGAUGGCUGUCGACGGCCGAUGACUGAUGGUUCAGUUUUCUUCUAAGUUUGUUGACUGCCUGCAUGUCGGCCAAGUUUCCCUCAUCACUCAGCUCUAUAGCAAAUGCCUGGACUUCUGAUGAUUUCUUGCUCACAGUGUGAAUGCACGGUUACCUAAACUCCUUCCCUUCUAGUGGCUAGAUUCCUAACAGUCUAGCCUUAAGCUUGACCUAGCCUUAGCCAUGUGUAAUGCAUUAACCUUUAACCCCAGCUGGAUUUUGCAGAAAAUUGUUAUAGAGCACUUCAGCACCUCCCUUGCCAUAUAAAUCCCUUUGUAGAGGUUUCAGCCAAGAAAUAAUUAAGCCCCAUUUUUUAAAAUGACUUUGAAGCCAUAUGUCUGAGACAGACUAAAAAAGUAAGAUACUACACCUCUAUGCCAUUGAACAUGUGGAAUUAGUAAUCAAACUUGUUUACAUAUGAUAGUUGGAUAGGACGGUCACGAUAACAGUGUCUGUCCAAGUGUCACGCUCGAACCCAGGGAUGGACGACCAGCGAAUCUUCUAGGGGGGAAAGUUAUGCUCAUUUUUACUCCACUAACAGACGCGUGCCCCCUUAACCUACAAUCAGUCAUAAUGAUACGGUGCCUUACAGCCUAGCCCAAGUUUAUCUCACACAAUUUAACAGGUAAUAUAGAUAAACAAGACGUAACUCCUGUUUAGGUCUAAUGUUUUCUAUGCCAUAUCUUUGCUUAGACCAAACCAGAGCCCCGGAAGUUGUGAGAAGAGCUUCAGAGGGAUUUUUAUGUGUUGAGACUCCAGUGCAGCUCAUGACAGUUUGAUUUCGCUGAUUGUUGUCCAGUACCUCCCAGGUGCUGCCGUUUUCUUUGGGAUGCGUCACUGUACAGACAAACGACAACAAGUGAUAUGCACACCAUGGAAGUUUUGCAAGGCCGUGUUGUGUUUGAGUCGCGGUCCAGGCCUGCAGCACAUGUACACGGUGGAUUUAUCUCUCACCACCUCUCGGCCCCGUCUCUCUCCUACCUGCUUAAAUGUUUGUGAUCACAGAUCUUCUCGGAAAGUAUAUAUAUAUAUAUAUAUAUACAGUAACUUGUUUAUCAUUCUUAUGUUUGUUUAAUCUCCUUUUAUUUUCCUGUAACACCAAUAGAAUUUGAAGAUUAAUUUCUAUUUUUGUAACAGCCAGAUAGUGAGAAGUAGCUAUUUUUGGGUUUUCUGUUAGCCAACAUUUGAUUUAAUGUUCUGUUUGUGCAUGUGUUUUUCUUUAUGUUGUUUUCCUCCUCUGUAUUUGGGAAGUGGCUGUUCCAUGGUGGCAUUAGCUAUUUUGGGAAUCAAAGCCUUAUGAGGAAAAAUCUAAAUCCAUGUUUUAUAUGUAAAGUGUUUUGAUAGUGUUGCUAUUGUAAAUGCAGAUGUUGUGGUGAAACGUUUGCACUUAAAAUUUUUGGGGUUCCUGUAAUAUUGGAUUCUAUCACUUUUCUACAACUCAGAUUUCCUGUCCUCUUUGAAGAGAUUAUGUUGACAUUUGCAUAUUAUAAGAAGUAUUGUAUAUUUUCCCAAAGGGAGCUUAAAAUUAUGCACUAAGUACUUUAUACUGCAAAACAAAGAGUAAAAUCUAAUCUUUUAUAUAUCAAAUGGCAGAUUUACAAUGAUUUUUAAUUAGGCCCUACAACAGUAGGUUAUUUUAUGUAAAUAUAUGAAUUUGUAGUCAUCAAACUAGAAUUGGUAAGUUAUACUGUAUUUUCCAGUAGGUUUGAUAAGAACAAUGAAAUAGCUGGAUAAUGAUUCGGAGGCCUACCCAAAAGUUUUCUCCAUCAAGUCCUCUUGGACUCAAAUCAGUUGCGUAUUUUUUUAUUUUUUUUUUUUUUAAUUUUUGUCCUCUGAUGACGUAUUUCCUUGACCUUUCCUUGAAAUGUAAAAUUUAGUUUUUAAAAUGAAUGGCACACAUCGACUUUGCUUCUACAGUUCUUGCUUUGUUCUGUCCAUUUCUAUAUUCGUUUGAUACUUUACAAAUGUUUACAAGCUACUUGUCUUAAGUGGUGUAUUGAUGUGUGAGAGGCGUAGAGGAAGUGUUUAUAUCUGAACAGAUGGUGAGACCAAUAAAAAAAAACUGAUCUCUCUCUAA